GUAAAUUUGAAUUCGGUUUUGUCGUGCGUGCGAAGCAGCAGUGCUCUUCUUGUAGUUGGUUUUGUUUAAUUUUUAUGUUCCUUUAAUUAAAACAAUCCAUUAACUUCCUCAGAAGUAUCAAUUAUUGUUCAUUUCAUAGCUCAAGGCAUUUAAAUAUUUGAUCGUGAAAAUUCCAAGGUGAUUUAUAAAAACGUAAAGAAUAAAAAGUUCAGAUUUGCACAGUAAAAUUCUUAUUGAAAUUGAAAGAAAAAAAAAAUAGUUCACAGUGAAGAAUUUUCUUUGUACCCUGUCAAAAUGUACGAAUAUGAAUUGUUGUCUCUUUCGCGGAAGUGACAUAUUCUAUCUUGUUUAUAAGAAGCAACACGAUAAAGGAGCACCAAUCUUCUCUUAUCACUACGGUCAAAGGGGUUAUUUCUCUGGUGAAAAAUACAUUAAGCACGACAAAUCAAAAAGAAGAGCUACCGGGUCAGCACCUUAACAAAAAUAAAAACAAAUAACGGUAAUAAUGGUAAUAUUUUCAUUUCCAUCUUCAUAGCGUGUAUCGCUUGAAUUAUAAUGCUUAACAAAUCUUUAAACUAUAAAAGCCAUAACCAUCAAAAACUAGUGGUAUUAUAAAUUAAAAAUCGAAACCCAAAACAAACUCAAUACAAAAACUCAAAGAUGUAAGGCAUUUGUGUUCAAUACUCAAUGAAAUCAAACAAUAAACCAUAAAACAAAUCAAAUGUGUUAAUUGAUUUUGUUUUUAUUGUUUUUCUUUUAAAAAAGUUAUCUUUUUCUUAAAAACUUCAUCGUCGUACUUUUCAAAAACCAACUCUCACCACGCACAUAGAAAAUACAAAAUACCUGGCAUAAUAUUUUUUUCUUCGGCAAAAUCCAUACAUGGAUUAAAGUUUAUAAUAUUCAAUCAAAGUAGCUUAUAAUUAAAACUAAUAUUAAAAACAAAUCAUUAUUACAAUUUGAGUAGUUUGUCAAAUUGAGAUUCAAAAAUAGAUCUCGAAAGAAAGAAUGUGCAAAAUUAUUCGGUUUUGUGUGUAUCAAAAACUUUAAUCUGAUUCCAAUAGUGACGGUUAAAGUAGUUUAUUUAUAGAUUUUUUUUUUGUUUAUUUUUUUUUUUAAUGACGACUGUUCUGUGAAAAAUAGAAGAAAAUAAAAGUAUAAUCAAACAAUAGAACGGUAUUGUACAUAUGUACAUAUAUUUGUAUCGAGAUUUUUGUUUUUCGAUUUGUGGUGGUCUCAUUGAACGACACGGCCAAGGCGGAUAGACAAGAACAAAAAAAAUUCUUAAGUGGACAAAUUGUUAUUGACUCGAGUUAAAAUUGAUCCAUUGCGGGUGCUUUCGCGCAUUUAUUUGUUUGGGUUUUGGUUGAUAAUUCGUAAGAAAACUGUCGACAUUUUAGCCAAUAACAAUAAUGCAGCGAAGAGAAGCACGUGAUCGUCAGCCAAGUGGUGCAACACAAGCACCUAGCUCAUCAGCUGCUGGUGGCGGGGGUGGUGGAGGAGCUGCUGCUAGAACAGCAAACAGUUCCGGCAACAUGUAUUCCGCCCGCCAUUCAGUGGGCUCCUCAACGGGGGUCCUAAUGGUAGGACCGAAUUUUCGUGUUGGAAAAAAAAUUGGCUGUGGUAAUUUUGGAGAAUUGCGAUUAGGAAAAAAUCUUUACAACAAUGAACACGUAGCAAUAAAAAUGGAGCCGAUGAAAUCAAAGGCUCCGCAACUACAUUUAGAGUAUAGGUUUUAUAAAUUACUAGGAUCACAUGAUAAUUUUCCAGAGGGUAUACCACGUGUCUAUCAUCUGGGCACAUGUGGUGGCCGUUACAAUGCCAUGGUAUUAGAAUUAUUGGGACUAUCAUUAGAAGAUCUCUUCAAUAUUUGUUCCCGUAAAUUUUCCCUUAAGACUGUUCUGAUGAUAGCUAAGCAACUACUCCACCGGAUCGAAUAUGUUCAUAGUCGACACCUAAUUUAUAGAGAUGUAAAACCUGAGAAUUUUUUAAUUGGUAGAACAUCAACAAGACGAGAAAAAAUUAUUCACAUAAUUGAUUUCGGGCUGGCCAAAGAAUAUAUUGAUUUAGAUACAAAUAGACAUAUACCAUAUCGGGAACAUAAAUCAUUAACGGGCACCGCACGUUACAUGUCAAUAAACACACACAUGGGCAGGGAGCAAUCAAGACGUGAUGAUUUAGAAGCAUUAGGUCAUAUGUUUAUGUACUUUUUAAGAGGUUCACUGCCGUGGCAAGGUCUUAAGGCUGAUACACUUAAGGAAAGGUAUCAGAAAAUUGGUGAUACUAAACGUGCAACGCCAAUUGAGGCGCUUUGUGAUGGUCAUCCAGAAGAGUUCGCAACAUAUCUAAGGUAUGUGCGGCGAUUAGAUUUCUUUGAAACACCAGACUAUGAUUUCUUGAGAAGACUGUUUCAAGACUUAUUUGAGCGUAAAGGUUACGUGGAUGAUGGUGAAUUUGAUUGGACAGGGAAGACAAUGUCAACACCUGUUGGAUCUCUUCAAACUGGUCAUGAAGUCAUCAUUUCACCAAAUAAGGAUCGUCAUAAUGUUACAGCUAAGAAUUCCAAUCAAUUGGAUUUUGAUGAAGACGAAGAUGAAUAUUUAUUAGUCGAGACAAAUGCCAAAGGGGGCGUUGCUGCAUGGCCUGAUGUACCGAAACCAGGUGCCACGCUUGGUAAUCUAACACCAGCCGACAGGCAUGGUUCCGUUCAGGUUGUGAGUUCGACGAAUGGCGAAUUGAAUGCAGACGAUCCCACGGCCGGACACUCAAAUACUCCUAUAACACAGCAGCCAGAGGUAGAACUUGUGGACGAAACAAAAUGGUUUAUGUGCAUUUCCAGAUGUUGUUGCUUCUUUAAAAGAAAGAAGAAGAAAUCAUCACGCCAAAAAUGACUAGAUGGUGUCCAAUGUAGUCCAGAGCGUGAAGCAGUAACACUGCUUCGUGCAACGUCACAUUCAAAUUCAAGGGAUAGUGUAUUAAAUAAUCCUAGUCAGGAUUAUAUACAACAAGCAACGUCACAACAUACGUUGCGAUAUCCUCCAUCCGCGUCGAUAUUGACGCCAACACCAACUACAAAUACGCCGACACUUCCGUUGUAAUUUAAUUUAAAUAAAAAAAAUCAAAAAAAAAAACAAAAAAAAAAAUUAUAAUUAAUUAAUUAUUAUUAUUAUUAUUAUGUAUUGAUUUAUUUACUAUAAUUAUUAUUAAUUAUUAUUAUGUCAAAUAAAUAAGUUCAAUAAAAAAAAUUCAACCAACUACAACAACAAAAAACGAUCCUUAAGCAACACAAAAAGGAAAUGCAUGGAAAAUGGCGCCGGCGGCGUAGGAAAUUGUUAAAACAUCUACGAUAUUAUUGAGCAAAACAAAAAACAAACAACACAAAUAAUUUGUAAUAUUUUGCUGCAAUAGUUAAAGAAAAUAUAGAGUUAAAGGAAAUACAUAAUUUAUUUUAAUAAAGAAAAAAAUAAUAAUCUACCUUCUUCGAGUAUUCAUUAUUAUUAAAAAAAAAAACUUUUACUAAAAUCCCUUGCCCUUAACACCACAAAACCACACACACUCAUUCAUAGUCCUAGGGCCAACGACUGAUUUAACUUUUAAGUCCUUUUACAGACCUGAAAUUUUGUCAAGUAAUUUCUAUAAUGUAAAUGUAACAAAAAAAAUAAGGUUUUGAAUGAGUGCCAUAAGCUACCUAUUGCCAUAACAAGACAAGUCCUCUUAUUUCGUGGGUAUGCUUUGAACCUUUGCACUUGUUAUGGCAUUAAAGUAGUAAUUGGAUUUGUUUUAUAACUCUCAACCCUUUUAAAUCUGCCAAAAACAAAAAUGCUUUAUACAUAUUUUCUUUCCGACUUCACACCAACAAUGCUACACAAUAUUGGAGACAAACUUUAAUCUUCUCUAUUCCAAAUAUUCUAAAAACACCCUCCCAAAACAACUUUACUAGUCACACAUAUUUUUCUUAUUAAGUUUCCUUCAAAUUCUGGUUGGCUAUCGAAGAAUUCAAAGAAGUGACUUCAACAAAUAAUAUGAGGUCUGCGAAAUACAUUUUUUUAGUUGAACUGGGCGCUGGCUCUCCCACUAUCCAUUAAACAUUAUCCCAGGCCUGUAAAAGAAUGUAGUCUUCUGUGAAUGAAGUCUUUAAAAAUCAUUUAUUGAAUUCAAUUAGAAGAUUGCGUUUAUUGAUUUCACUUUGGGACUUCAGACUUCAAAUAAUGCAAUUACCAUUCAUUUGUAGCAAAAAGAUUGCAAUCAUUUUUUUUUCCUUUAUUCGUUUUACUUUUUUUUAUCUUUUUCAUAAUUUUUGUUUUCUUUGAAUUCCCUAUAUUCUUUUUGUAUUCUUUGAAUUCUUUGGCAUUCUUUAAAAUUUUGUUACAAAAUUUUGAAAGGGCCAAAGAAAAAUGCAAAGAAUAUAAAAAAAUGCAGAGAAUGAGAAUGCAUGAAUUCUCAAAGAGUACAUUCAAAUGAUUGGUGUUAAAUGAAUGGGGAGAAAAAAUGAUUGCAAUCUAUUUGCUACAAGUGAAUGGAGAUUGCAUAGUCAGGAGUCUCAAAAUGAAGACAAUGGAUCCAAUACAAUUAUUUAAGCCAUUAUUGAUUGCAUUUAAAAAAGAUUGCAUUCUUUUACAACUCUGCCUUAUCCUUUUCAAACCCCUUCGCAAUCACCCAGCUCCUUUUUUUUACAUUUUUUUAAACAUACUUUCUUCCCUUUUUGCCUUAUUCCACCACCAUUAUCUCUGCCUCUAUGCAAAUCUUUCAUAUAUAUAUUGUGAAUUAUAUAUAAAUAUAAAAAAGAAUUAAAUAAAAUAUAUAGAAAUUGAUUAAAACAAAACAAAUGAUAUGCUAAUGUUUUACUUAAAAUACAUUUUUUUGCAUUAAAAUAAGAAUUAUAAAUAUUUAAAAUUAAACAAAAAAAAAACAUAAAAAUUGUAUAAAGCAACAACAAACAAAAAAAGCAUUGUGAAUAAUUUAAUUAAUUGUAAAACUCGAUAAUUAUUAUCUAAAAAAUUAUGAAAAAUAAAAUCGCAGGUUUUUAAGUAAAAUUAACAUAGCAGUCAUGCAUACAUACAACUACUCUACUACUACAACUACACCUACAACAAGAACAAAAUACUAUCAUUUUUUCCAUUUUUUUGAAUAAAAAUAAAUAAUAAGAACAUAAAAAAAUGUGAGUUAAUUUAUACUUAAUAAAAAAAAAAAAUCAUAUUAAACAAAACAAAAAUGAAUUUAAAUGGUGUAAACUCUUUUUUCUCUCUUACAACAUACAUAUAUAAAUAUAUAUACACUCAAAAAC